AAUUGCUUUUACAUUUUCAUGACGACGGAGUACAAUAACCAAACUUGCUUGGGCUCCCUGUGUAUUACGUAUGAUGCUAUAAAUAACACAUCGUUGAUCGCCAAGAGGACGGGCAGGAGGCAAGAGACUUCGAUGGAAUUACGGUUUCAAGAUGUGGAGAACGCUUCGUAAAGUGUUUUGCAAACGCGCUGGCACGGCAAAUCUUCGCGAACGUCUUGGCCAAGUACAAAUUAGCGACACAAAUGACGGCACGACUGCAUUGAACGGUGAUCUACGACAAAAGCAUGGUAAAACACAUUUUGUGGAGCAUGAUCUUUCUCGCCUGGAAGACGGCUUCAAUUUGAUGAGAGCUAUCCUUCUUCAUGCGAACAGAAGUCGUCAAGAAAAGCAAAGCAUGGCUAGAUUAACUAGCUUUGUUGGCGAAGAAAAAGAAGGAGAAAGCCMAUUUAGGACUUUGUUCGAUGAAUUGAAAUUGUGGUGUUCUGGUGUUCUUGCAUUAUCCAGUAUCCUCAGCUGCAAGACGUUUCUAUAUGACAAAGAUCACAACAUAGAUAUCAGGAAACUCCCUCAAGUUUUAUACUUCCUCACUAUACAAAAUAAUCCAAGAACUGCCUUAGCAAUUCUACCAGUUCAGAGCGACUCUCAGCUUUCUUCAGAAUCAAUAAAAAAUGAGGGUGACUCCCUUAACCAUGCUGCUUCAUCCUUUGCUACAGUAUCAAAUGAAUGCACUGCAGCUUACCAUAAUAAAUUAGGGGUUAAAUAUGCAUCAAAGAAACAAUACAAGAAAGCUUUUGAUUUGUUUCAGCAAGCUAGUGAACAGGGAAACUCACUUGCACAAUUUAACCUUGGGUUGUGCUAUGAAAAUGGCAAAGGAACUGAACAAGAUCUUGAAAGAGCUGUAGAUUGUUAUAAAAGGGCAUGUGCUUUGAAUCACAAAGGUGCAUUCUACAACCUUGCAUUGUUUUACAUGGAAGGUACUGGAGGAGUGCCUAAAGAUCACAAUAAAGCCCUAGAAUUGCUGGAAAAGGCAUCACAGGCUGAUGUAGCAAAAGCCCAAGCCUAUCUAGGCAUAUAUUAUGCACACAAAUCACCUGAGGAUUAUUCAAAAGCAGUUUCAUAUCUUGAAAAGGCUGCCAUAAAAAAUGAUGACAGUGCAGAGUAUCACCUUGGUGUAUGUCAUGAACAAGGUUUAGGUGUUGAACGUAAUCUUUUAAUGGCUGGUCAGAUGUAUAAAGCUGCUGCAAGUCACGGCAAUGUGGCUGCCCAGUAUAAUGUAGGGGUGUUCUACCAAUAUGGAUUGGGGGAUUUUCCUGUUGAUAACCAAGAGGCAUUGAGGCACUACAGGAUGGCUGCAGAGGCUGGUGAUCAGGAUGCACUGCACAACUAUUCUUUAUUAAGGAAACAACAUGACAACAGCAAUUUUAAACAUGACCUGCUCUGGACAAUCUUUCAUAAGAUGACAGUUGGUAAUACAAAUAUGCCUGUUGACAAAGGAAUGGCUCGAUGUUUGUCUACUCCAAAUAUUGUUGAUAGUCACUCAGAACAAUCUCGUGACAAGACAUUAGUUGCAUUUUAGGUCAUCAUUAGAAAAACAUUCAAAGAAUGAUUGAUUUAUAUGUAAUUGGUUUUUACUAGUUAUUUGCAUUUUGAUGCAUAGUCUUUUAGCACUAAAAUUUGUAUAUAUUUAAACAUAGAUUUUGAAAAGUCCUAUUAAAAACAUUUAGUGGGGAA